AUGUUGUUCGAAAAUAAUAUUACACUUGGACUAUUCAUUAAAGGUGUUAUUUAUUAUUCUCUAUGGUUAAUUACACAACAUAAAUGUUCGUCAUUUAAUAUCAAUUUACCUUCACAAACAUAUACAAUAUCUGAUUUACUAAUAUUAUUGACACCACAUUUACAUACAUUACGUACAUGUUGCAUUAAAUGUGAAUUAUAUAUAGGUUACGUUACAAUUGCAGAAUUUGCUCAUUUAUUAGUAUUCAAUAAAGACAAUCGAUUAACCUUAGCAGUUGAUUUGAGCGUAUACUGUAAAAAUCAACAAUUCAGAUUGUUUGAUUCCGUUAAAAUUGGUAAAGCAAAUCCUCUUCACCAAUCAAUUAAUUUCCCAUUUAAUAAUGCGAAACUUUCAUACUUUGAUGUUCUUCGUAAAUCAUUAUUGACCUACAUUGAAACGAUUGAUAUACCAAUAAUUUAUUUAAAAAACAAUCAAUUCAUACAUACAUCCAUAGAUCAAAUAAUUUCACCAUCAAUGUUUAAUAAUAAUUUUAUUGAUUUAAACAAACUUAAUAGUCUGAUUAAUACUAAUUUUAUGUUCUCAUUAGGUACUACAUCUACCACAAAUACAAGUAAAAUAAAUAUGUCAUCAUUCACAAUACCACCAAUGAUCGUUAAUUCAACUCAACCAGAAAUAGAACAAUUUACAUUAUUCGUAAAUAAAUUAAUUCAAGCAGAUCAAUUUCAUCAAGGUUAUAUUCGAUCAUGUGUACGUGGUAAUCGAAAUACAGAUAUAGUAUUUUAUAAUAUAGGAGGAAACUAUCGAUUUUGUCCUCGCAAAGGUACUCAUCACCAGCGAAAUACAAUAGCUAUAUUAAUAGAUACAAAAAAAUUGACAUACACGAUUCGUUGUAAAGAUAUUGAUUGUGAUAAUAGAUCUUUGAUAUGGAAAAUGAUUGAUGAAUAA